UUCCUCCUGCUCGUUCCUUUCACCUCACUCUUCCUCCUCUUAAACUCUCAUUGCGCACGCAUCCAGACCUCUCCCCACAAGUUUCUCAAUGAAUUUUGCGCCCAGGUUCGACCCCUCCCACUUUGUGUAAGCGCUUAAUUGUCAUCCUUGACGAAACUUGCGUAGGCUUAAAUACCGUGUGCGCCUCUUGCAUAAGGGUGGAACUGACCAACUUGUGCAAAGCGGGCAUCUCUUUCAGCACUUUUUUCCCCCUCCUCUCUCUCUCUCCUCUCUUUUUGCGCGUUUUUUCCCCCUCUUGUGCCGUCAAGCAUGCAGGUGUCUCUGGCCCUCCUCGUCUCCAGCUCGGCUCUCCUGCUGCUCCAGGGAUGCUGCACCGCAGUCAAGGAAUGGAAGGUACUAAAAAAUGAUGCCACCGAGAUCUUACCGGAGUACAGAGAAAACACACGGACACCCCAGGAGGCGACACAGGCGUCGAACGGCAGCAAUAACAACACUUUGAAUAACAGGGCGAAACACGGUGGAAGAACAGCAAACACAGUCUCCUACAGUGCUUCUGAGCUCAGCUGUCGGGAGCUGCGUUCCACCCGUUACAUCACAGACGGAUCCUGUCGCAGUGCCAAGCCUGUUAAGGAGCUCGUGUGCUCAGGCCAGUGCAUGCCAGCGCAUCUUCUGCCAAACUCCAUCGUCCGCGGUAAGUGGUGGAGGAGCAGUGCCACGGACUACCGCUGCAUUCCAGCUCACUCACGGACACGGAGAGUCCAGCUGCAGUGUCCUAACGGCAACACUCGGACUUACAAAAUCCGCGUGGUGACCUCCUGCAAGUGCAAGCGCUUUAGACCCCACCACAACCAGUCAGUGGCCAAGGACGUCCCGAGGCCACAACGCAACAAGAAGCAUAGUCGUUUGUCUCCGGACCGAAGCAAGAACAACACACCGUUGAUGGGUAACUCGUACUGAAGCUGCUCUUCAUCGUUCAUUAAAGGACAGAGACCAAAGCACAUUCAUACACAAACACCACACACCAACAUAUCUCCUUAAAAUGUGGAGGAGAUGCAAGAGUAAAAUUCAAAGAGAACUCAUUCAUAAGCUAAUUGUUGGGCUGAUCUAAAGUCAUCGUACAGACACUAUCAGUCUAUGUUUUCCAGCCAUUUGUCAGCAUUUUUGUGAACGUUUGUUUUGUUUUGCAUGACAAAAUGAGUGUACCAUCAAUGUCAAGGGCUUGCCAUGGCUCUGGCUGGUCAGGAGAUGUAGCACUGUGUUGGAUAACAUGAGUAUCUGAUCACCCCAACAGCUGAAAUCCUCCCUCAGCUCGUCUUCCGCUCUGUCACAAAGAGAUUUCAUUUAACCAUAAUGAGAAGUCCCGUAAGGUUUCAGACCCACCUGAACAAACAUCGAGCGGAUACACAACAACACGGCACCAUAACUAAGUUGUAAAGGUGUAUCUUCACUCCUGAGUGGUUGUAAUCCAUCUCCUUUUGGCUGUGUUCGGAGGAGAUGGUGGCAGCUCUGGGGGCUCAGACGGUGGGAUGUUGACAGGUUUUGAGAGGCCCUGGCCAGUUCCCAAGUCCAGACCUCACUCAUCAGGACAGCCCUACAGCGCUCUCCAAACUGCGGCAACCUCUACCAGGCCUGUCAGUUACAGUAGCAACUUUCCCAUGACUUGAUACAGAGAGUCAGGAAAGAGAAAGAAACAGGGGGAGUAAACGAUUUUGUCAGCUCUGACACCACAGGGGCACUGGGUAAUCCUGUGACUCCCUUAAAUUACUAAAUGAGCCCAUUCCUGUGUUAGGAUUUGAGUCAUAAAAAGCAAUUUCCUCUAGAUGUAGCCAGUUCCUGUUUGUUGGAAUCACACAAAAAGUGCACAUGUGUGUAGGAGGCAUCAGAAAAUUGUGCGUGGUCGGGUUGUUACCUAGAGGCAGAGCGUUCUCCAGCACACCCACACUGGAAUUCAACAGGCCAAACAGAACAGCAAACACCUUGCUUUAGCCAAAAUCCAACUGUGGUAUUUGCCUGCAGUAUUCUAGACAUUCCCACUCCUCUAUAGAUCAAUUGUGUAAAUAGUUCACAGGAAAGAUCAAAGUUAAAAAUAGCAUAAUGAAAAUAAUAUUUAAAUUUUAGAUCCGGAAGGAAGAGGAAGUGGCAAUACCCAGUCUGUCACUGCAGACAACACAACCGUCUUCCUCAGAAAUGCCCCAGAUGGGAUUGUGCUUCGUGAAGAAUACUCACAAUGUUUCCGUUUAUUGUCAGCAGUCCGUUGUUUUUGCUCAUAUUGCUUCCUGACUUCAGUUGUCUAAACUGUACUGACAAUGUUUGCUUCUUUUCCAAUUGUAUGUUUGAAAUAGCAACUGGAACGGGUUUUGUCAUGUAAGCUGAGAGCUGCAAUUGCAUAAAGUGAGUGUACAUAUCAUACCUGUGUGGUCUUUUGCAGAGUUGCCCUCGUAUGACAGGGUGUAAAAGAGAGAGAGGGCUGUUUUCUACAGACACAAGAAGGACUAUUAUAAAGAAUGAACUGCAUAUUUAUUUUUUAUUUCAACAUUUAAAUUAUUUAUGCAACCUUUUGUAGUAAAUGAUAGCCAAUAUUGUCAUAUAGUAUGAUAGAGACUUUGGAAAUGAAAUACUGUACAGUACAUAAUAAAGUAAAGGCAGGUAUUUGAAACAUUAA